AUGCAGACUCGCUCCGACCGCUUCUAUGUGACCAUGCACGGCUCGAAUGACAUCUUCUGCAUGAAGAGCAUAAUCGUGCCCAAAGACAACUCCACCUGGCCUCACCCAUUCUGCCCAACCCUUGAUGUCUUCCUUGACAGCUUCCAACGAGUGGUCUCCGUCGAUGUAAACCAUAUCUGCAAGGCCCUCCAUAUUUUCUCGAGCUUGCCGGGAUGUCAUUCGCCAAAGCCUUGCUCGUUCACCAAACCGCGCGUACAAGUCCAUCACCUCAACAUAGUCUGCCGAUUUGUAAACACGCGCCUCUCGUUCGUCUGA